UUUAAUUACAGUAACAUAAAAUAAUAUAUUUAAAUGCAAACCUCUAACGCAGCCAAAGCAAAUGUGCCAUCAAUAAGAACUUGAAACGGAGAUCUAAAUUUGAAGUUGUUAAUAAAAAAGCUUAAAUUUUUUCUCGCUUUUUUCUGUCGGUCGUCUUUAACUAAGCCAAAAUCUGAAAUGACUCCUGAGGAAUUAGCAAAACGAGAGGAAGAAGAAUUUAACACUGGACCACUUUCAGUAUUAACUCAAUCUGUGAAAAAUAAUACACAAGUUUUAAUUAAUUGUAGAAAUAACAAAAAAUUAUUAGGAAGAGUAAAAGCAUUUGAUAGACAUUGUAACAUGGUUUUAGAAAAUGUAAAAGAAAUGUGGACUGAACUUCCACGUACUGGUAAAGGAAAAAAAAAGGCAAAACCAGUAAAUAAGGAUAGAUUUAUUCCAAAAAUGUUUUUGAGAGGUGAUUCUGUAAUUCUAGUUCUACGAAAUCCUUUAGCAACAGCAUCAGGAAAAUAAUUUUACCAAUAUCUUCACUAUUUUAUAACUUAUAAAUAAGAAACAUGAAUUUGAAAUAAAUUUUUUAAUUUAAACUAUAAA